AUCAAAACCUUGGUUAUGCUUGAUGAUCAGGGAGAACAACUGGAAAGGGCAGAGCAAGGAUUGGAUACAAUAAAUCGAGACAUGCGCGAGGCCGAAGAACACUUAAAGGGCAUGGAGAAAUGCUGCGGUCUUUGUAUACUUCCCUGUUUUAAAACGGAAGAUUUCGAGAAGAACCCAGAAUACGCGAAUACGUGGAAAAAGGAUGAUGAAGGAGGGGUGAUCAGCGAUCAACCUCGCAUAACGGUUGGCGAUCCGAGUGCAAUUGGGCCCACCGGAGGCUACAUAACGAAAAUCACAAACGACGCCAGGGAGGAUGAGAUGGAUGAAAAUAUCCAGCAGGUUGCCAGUAUGGUGGGAAAUCUCAGAAAUAUGGCCAUCGACAUGAGUACCGAAAUCGGUAACCAAAAUCGGCAGCUUGAUCGAAUCGAUCAGAAGGUAAUGGUAAUCAGCGUCGCGAAUCAGAGAGCCACGAAAAUUAUUGCGAAAGUGUAA